GCUACCAUGUCGCUCACAGUUGAAUCGGUUACUACCCAAGAAGAAGCAUGCCGCCUCCGCUCGUUCGACAGUAAUGUCGCCUGGGAGAUCGGGCACAUCAUCCGCGCCAAUGUCCAAAAAAAGUUUACCCGCCCCGUCGUCAUCUAUAUCGCGCACGCGAACUCAUCCCAGCUCCUCUUCUUCGCCACCUCAGGACCUGGUACACUUCCCGACAAUAUGCACUGGGUGAAGCGCAAGGAGGCAGUGGUGCUCCGUUGGGGAUGCUCAACGAUGCGCAUGAGAUUAUCGCUGCAGACCAAAACAAAGACACUCCAAGAAGUAUAUGAAAUGAGCGAUCCAAGUAUAUAUGCGGUGCACGGCGGAGGUUUUCCGGUGAAGGUAGAGGGCGUAGAGGGGGUCGUGGGAGUGAUAGUGGUUAGUGGUCUCACGCAGGAAGACGACCAUAGUGUCAUUGUGGAGGGUAUCCAAGAAUACCUUGCGAAGAAUCCUUGAGAAAUCGGCCGGUAAGUCGUACACCAUCGGUGACCGUGUCCCAUCGACAAGGUGGUUGUUCAGAAUGAAAGAGAUAUGUCGAGGAUGUGGAACUAUGAUAACUAUGAUUUAGUUCUGACCUGAAUGCAAAAGUAUAGGUCGGAUGCGUUCGGCGUUCUGGGGUGUGCGCAAGCUGAAUAGUGAUCUGAUUCGUCCCCAAAGUGCAUGGCGAUCUCGCGUCCCGCUCAACGAUGCACUACGAUUGGAGCGAACGCUCAAUGCCUUUAUAGAUAAUUUGUGUCUUUUUCGAGGUCCAGUAUC